AUGAGGUGCUCUCAGUUCUGCAAGGCCUCGGCGAUCAUUACGGUCGCUUCUCUUCUGGCACACCAGACCGGCGCCCAACCAGCCUCCGGGAACGAAUACACGUACGUGGGAUGUUUCAAAGACACCAAGGAAGAUCGAAUUUUGGGGGACCAGAUGACUAAUGGCCAGGAAAUGACCACCGAGAGCGAGUUUUGCGGCGGGUUUGAUGCUUUCGAUUUAUACCGCACCGACUCGGACUCCAUCACUAGCGACGGCGACACAACCCCCACGCCCGUCGACGGCGAAACCACCAACGAGCAGGGCAACGGCACCGAAGGAGACGGCGGCACAGCUCCCACGCCCGUCGACGGGGAAACCAACAACGACCAAGGCAACGGCACCGAAGGUGGGAACGAUUACACAUACGUAGGAUGCUUCAAGGACAGCCAGCAAGAUCGCAUAUUGGGGGACCAGCUGACAAAUUCCCAGGAAAUGACUACCGAGUUUUGCUACGACUAUUGCAUUACGAAGGACGCCACAUUUAUGGCUACUCAGUACGCGAUUGAGUGCUGGUGCACAUCCGAGCCCGAGGAUCAGGUCGACUAUGCCCGCCACGGAGAGGGAGCGCAGUGUAACUACGAUUGCGCCGGCGAUGAGGACGAGUCGUGCGGUGGUUUUGAUGCUUUCGAUCUAUACCGCAUCGGCGCGGCCUACACUACGAGCGACGGCGACACAGCUCCCACGCCCGUCGACGGCGAAACCAACAACGAUCAAGGCAACGGCACCGAAGGAGACGGCGGCACAGCUCCCACGCCCGUCGACGGCGAAACCAACAACGAUCAAGGCAACGACACCGAAGGAGACGGCGGCACAGCGCCCACGCCGGUCGACGGUGAAGUCAACAACGACCAAGGGAACGGCACCGAAGGAGACGGCGGCACAGCGCCCACGCCGGUCGACGGUGAAGUCAACAACGACCAAGGGAACGGCACCGAAGGAGACGGCGGCACAGCCCCCACGCCCGUCGACGGCGAAGCCAACAACGAUCAAGGCAACGACACCGAAGGAGACGGUGGCACAGCCCCCACGCCCGUCGACGGCGAAGCCAACAACGAUCCAGGCAACGACACCGAAGGAGACGGCGGCACAGCCCCCAUGCCCGUCGACGGCGAAGUCGACAACGAUCAAGGCAACGACACCGAAGGGGACGGCGCCAUAGCCCCCACGCCCGUCGACGGCGAAGCCAACAACGAUCAAGGCAACGGCACCGAAGGAGACGGCGGCCCAGCCCCCACGCCCGUCGACGGCGGAACGAACAACGAUCAAGGCAACGACACCGAAGGGGACGGCGGCACAGCCCCCACGCCCGUCGACGGCGAAGCCAACAACGAUCAAGGCAACGGCACCGAAGGAGACGGCGGCCCAGCCCCCACGCCCGUCGACGGCGGAACGAACAACGAUCAAGGCAACGACACCGAAGGAGACGGCGCCACAGCCCCGACGCCCGUCGACGGCGAAACCAACAACGAUCAAGGCAACGACACCGAAGGAGACGGCGGCACAGCCCCCACGCCCAUCGACGGCGAAACCAACAACGAUCAAGACAACGGCACCGAAGGAGACGGCGGCACAGCUCCCACGCCCGUCGACGGGGAAACCAACAGCGAUCAAGGCAACGGCACCGAAGGUGGGAACGAUUACACAUACGUAGGAUGCUUCAAGGACAGCCAGCAAGAUCGCAUAUUGGGGGACCAGCUGACAAAUUCCCAGGAAAUGACUACCGAGUUUUGCUACGACUAUUGCAUUACGAAGGACGCCACAUUUAUGGCUACCCAGUACGCGAUUGAGUGCUGGUGCACAUCCGAGCCCGAGGAUCAGGUCGACUAUGCCCGCCACGGAGAGGGAGCGCAGUGUAACUACGAUUGCGCCGGCGAUGAGGACGAGUCGUGCGGUGGUUUUGAUGCUUUCGAUCUAUACCGCAUCGGCGCGGCCUACACUACGAGCGACGGCGGCACAGCUCCCACGCCCGUCGACGGCGAAACCAACAACGAUCAAGGCAACGACACCGAAGGAGACGGCGGCACAGCUCCCACGCCCGUCGACGGCGAAACCAACAACGAUCAAGGCAACGACACCGAAGGAGACGGCGGCACAGCCCCCACGCCCGUCGACGGCGAAACCAACAACGAUCAAGGCAACGGCACCGAAGGAGACGGCGACACAGCUCCUACGCCAGUCGACGGCGGAACCGACAACGAUCAAGGCAGCGGCACGGAAGGUGAAAUGGAGACUACCAUAAGCGAUGUGACAUUAGAAGGAGCGUUCAGUGAGGACAUCGUCCGGAUCAUCGACGUCGAAGGUGUUGUUCCAGGUGGCGCAAGUUGGGCUGACAGCUACUCCGUCGGAAGCAAGUGCUACAUGCAGACCACGUUUGACCACGGCAUUGGCGAGGUGGAGGUGGACACACCGCAAGGCACCAUGAAAAUCGAAGAUCUAUUUUUCCUUCUAGAACCUGGACCCGGAUCUGAAGGCCGACCCCUCUACAACGAUAUUCAAUGCGGAAACGGCCCAGUCAAUUCCGACAAUAUACUUGAUGAAAUCGUUUGCCCUGGUCUGGUGGAAUACGGUAUUGAAGGCUGCGGCCAGAUCGGUCCAUUGUGGGAUCUUUCAGAGCUCGAGUAG